GCUCAGUGGGUGGGUUAAAAAGAUUUUGAGGUUGCUAUAAUUCGAAACUCAUAAUAUUUUAGUUAUCAAACAUCACACAGUACAACCAGAGACGUGGUCACUCUAAUGGCCUUUCAUCGAAGUAACCAUAUCCACAUCACAUUCACAUACCACUCUUUCCUUUUAAGCCAACGAAACCAAAACACACUCAUUUAUUAAUUAGAAAGAAAGAAAGAAAUCAUCUUCUUCAAUUCUCCAUCUUCUUCCUCCCUUCCCCCCAAAUUAAAUUGAGAGAAUUAUACCUACAAGAAGUGGUAUUUGUUAGUUACUAACUACAAAUAUUAUUCAGUGUAAAUCUCAAUGGCUCAAACCAUGUUACUAAGCUCUACAUCUGUCUCUAACUGUCAUGUGGUUGAUCUAAAGAGAGACCCUUUACUUCAAAUCCGAGUUCAGAGACUCAAAGUUAACAUAUUCUCUCAAACUCUCACUUACAAUCCACUCACCUCUUCUUCCAACUCUCCCGCAAUUUCCACUGUUUUUGCUCUCUUCAAAUCAAAGACCAAAGCCCCUGCCAAGAAGGUUGUGAAGCCGAAGCCAAAGGUUGAAGAUGGUUUGUUUGGAACCUCAGGGGGUAUUGGUUUUACAAAGCAGAAUGAGCUGUUUGUUGGUCGUGUUGCUAUGAUUGGAUUCGCGGCAUCGAUAUUGGGAGAAGCAAUAACUGGAAAAGGAAUUUUAUCACAACUAAACCUGGAAACUGGAAUUCCCAUUUAUGAAGCUGAACCACUUCUUCUCUUCUUCAUCCUCUUCACCCUGCUCGGAGCCAUUGGAGCUUUGGGUGACCGUGGUCAAUUCAUCGACGACCCUCCCACCGGAAUCGAAGGCGCUGUCAUUCCUCCAGGCAAAAGCCUCAGAGCUGCCUUGGGACUUAAGGAAGGAGGUCCCCUGUUUGGAUUUACAAAAGCUAACGAGCUUUUCGUGGGAAGAUUGGCUCAACUGGGAUUUGCAUUCUCUCUAAUCGGUGAAAUCAUAACUGGGAAGGGAGCAUUGGCACAGCUAAACAUUGAGACUGGAGUUCCUAUCAAUGAAAUUGAGCCUCUAGUGUUGUUCAACGUUCUCUUCUUUUUCAUUGCAGCAGUCAACCCCGGGACUGGUAAAUUUGUCACCGAUGUCGAUGAAGAAGACUAAGAUGCUUCCUGCCUACCUACCUCACCCUCUCUUUUUCUAUAUUUCUCUUUAUUAAAAAAAAACCAUCUUCAUUAAUUAAUGUAAUAUCUUCAGAAAUUUAGUAGUUUUAUUUCUCA